CUUCCUGCCCGCUCCCCUCCUGGCCCUUUCCUUCCACCUUGCCCCUGGCGCAGUGUCCUGGAACUGCUGAGUCCCGGCCACCAGGCUCGGGCCCUCGCGAGGCCGCCGGGCUGUGGCCCUGUUGCUCUCCUGGCCAAGCCCAGUCUCUCUCUGCUCCUGGUGGUUUCGGUUGCGACACCGUCCAGUUCCCAGGCAGGAACCGCUCACCCGCCCGGCUGCCUGGCUGCUCUUCACUGAGGAGGUGGUGGUGGUGUCGCGGCUCCGGCUGAGUAAGGGUGGCUGGUUGUGCGCCCCCGCCCUGGGCCUGGCUCAUCCGGCCUCUGUACUUUGCCCUCGCUGCCUGACAGGUUCCGCUGUGGCUCUGCUGCAUGGAAGUCGCUGGCGGGCCUUGCCCCUUUCUCCAGCUGGCCCCCCUUGGGACACAUGGACUCCAAGCCCAGCAGUAAGUCCAACAUGCUGCGGGGCCGCAACUCGGCCACCUCUGCCGAUGAGCAGCCCCAUAUUGGCAACUAUCGGCUCCUUAAGACCAUCGGCAAGGGGAACUUUGCCAAGGUGAAGCUGGCCCGGCACAUCCUGACUGGGAAGGAGGUAGCUGUGAAGAUCAUUGACAAGACUCAACUGAACUCCUCCAGCCUCCAGAAACUGUUCCGUGAAGUGAGAAUAAUGAAGGUCUUGAACCACCCCAACAUAGUGAAGUUAUUUGAAGUGAUAGAGACCGAGAAAACGCUCUACCUUGUCAUGGAGUACGCUAGUGGCGGAGAGGUAUUCGACUACCUCGUGGCUCAUGGCAGGAUGAAAGAAAAAGAGGCUCGAGCCAAAUUCCGCCAGAUAGUGUCUGCUGUGCAGUAUUGUCACCAGAAGUUUAUUGUUCAUCGCGACUUGAAGGCUGAAAACCUGCUCUUGGAUGCUGAUAUGAACAUCAAGAUCGCAGACUUCGGCUUCAGCAAUGAAUUCACCUUCGGGAACAAGCUGGACACCUUCUGUGGCAGUCCGCCUUACGCUGCCCCAGAACUCUUCCAGGGAAAAAAAUACGAUGGCCCUGAGGUGGACGUCUGGAGCUUGGGAGUUAUCCUGUAUACACUGGUCAGCGGAUCCCUGCCUUUUGACGGACAGAACCUCAAGGAGCUGCGGGAGCGGGUGCUGAGGGGGAAGUACCGCAUUCCGUUCUACAUGUCCACGGACUGUGAAAACCUCCUUAAGAAGUUUCUCAUUCUUAAUCCCAGCAAGAGAGGCACUUUAGAGCAAAUCAUGAAAGAUCGGUGGAUGAAUGUGGGUCACGAAGACGACGAGCUCAAGCCUUAUGUGGAGCCCCUCCCUGACUACAAGGACCCCCGGCGGACAGAGCUGAUGGUGUCCAUGGGGUAUACGCGGGAAGAGAUCCAGGACUCGCUGGUGGGCCAGAGGUACAACGAGGUGAUGGCCACCUACCUGCUACUGGGAUACAAGAGCUCCGAGUUGGAAGGCGACACCAUCACCCUGAAGCCCCGGCCUUCCACCGAUCUGACCAACAGCAAUGCCCCAUCCCCCUCCCACAAGGUACAGCGCAGCGUCUCGGCCAACCCCAAGCAGCGGCGCUUCAGCGACCAGGCUGGUCCUGCCAUCCCCACCUCCAACUCCUAUUCUAAGAAGACUCAGAAUAACAACGCAGAGAACAAGCGGCCCGAGGAGGACCGGGAGUCGGGGCGGAAGGCCAGCAGCACCGCCAAGGUGCCUGCCAGCCCCCUGCCGGGCCUGGACAGGAAGAGGACCACCCCCACCCCCUCCACGAACAGCGUCCUCUCCACCAGCACAAGCCGAAGCCGGAACUCCCCGCUACUGGAGAGAGCCAGCCUCGGCCAGGCCUCCAUCCAGAACGGCAAGGACAGCCUAACCAUGCCAGGGUCCCGGGCCUCCACGGCUUCUGCUUCUGCCGCAGUCUCUGCGGCCCGGCCCCGCCAGCACCAGAAAUCCAUGUCGGCCUCCGUGCACCCCAACAAGGCCUCUGGGCUGCCCCCCACGGAAAGUAACUGUGAGGUGCCGCGGCCCAGGCAACGUGUCCCCGUCGCCUCCCCCUCCGCCCACAACAUCAGCAGCAGCGGUGGCGCCCCAGACCGGACUAACUUCCCCCGGGGUGUGUCCAGUCGAAGCACCUUCCACGCUGGGCAGCUCCGACAGGUGCGGGACCAGCAGAAUCUGCCCUAUGGUGUGACCCCAGCCUCUCCCUCUGGCCACAGCCAGGGUCGGCGGGGGGCCUCUGGGAGCAUCUUCAGCAAGUUCACCUCCAAGUUUGUACGCAGACCCCACGCGGCGGGCGGCGGCGGCCCCGACAAGGAGAAGGAGGAGUUCCGGGAGGCCAAGCCGCGCUCGCUGCGCUUCACGUGGAGCAUGAAGACCACCAGCUCGCUGGAGCCCAACGAGAUGAUGCGCGAGAUCCGCAAGGUGCUGGACGCCAACAGCUGCCAGAGCGAGCUGCACGAGAAGUACAUGCUGCUGUGCAUGCACGGCGCGCCGGGCCACGAGGACUUCGUGCAGUGGGAGAUGGAGGUGUGCAAACUGCCGCGCCUGUCGCUCAACGGCGUGCGCUUUAAGCGGAUAUCGGGCACCUCCAUGGCCUUCAAGAACAUUGCCUCCAAAAUCGCCAACGAGCUGAAGCUUUAACGCGCUGCCGGGCGGGGGGCGGGGCGGCCC